UUUGCACGUUCAUUUGAUGACAGGUAAAUAGUUAGAGAAGGGUUACUUCAUUUGAAAAGUAAAAUGGAGGGUAUGUUCACGAAGAGUUAUGUUAAAAUUGACCGUCCUCCAUUUGAAUUAAAACACAAAACGAUUCUGGAGGCAUUAAAGUACUACUCUGAGACAAAGGGAGACGGCGAAUCUAUUAUCUUUGUGUCCACGGACGGAAGUCGCGAUGUUGUUACGUGGUCGGGGCUUUACCAAAAGUCUUGCAAAGUAGCAAAAUCUCUGAUUAAUUUGGGAAUUCGGAAACAGGAAAUUAUCGCUAUCAAUUUGCGAUGCUGUCCAGAAUGGUUGUAUGCUACAUUCGGAGCAAUGAUGGCUGGAGCGAUCCCUGUGAGUAUAACGUUUACGUAUACAGAUGGAAACGACCUUAUCGCAAUGAUGGAAAAGCUGGAGAAAUGUUCGCUGCUAGUUCUAGAUCCUGGAUUAGAAAGCAUUAACUGGAACAUUCUUCGUAGGCUUCUUGACGAAUAUGAGGCUGACGGUAAAGUUCGAAGACCAUUUGCCAGAUGACUGGCCCGUGGAAGCUGUUUUGACUUCAGGACAACCUCUUACGAGUAGAAUCGGUGCUAGUGAUGGUAAAGUUUGCAAAUAUCUACUGUGCGCCUACAUUGGGACAGAAUCUUUUUGCGUGACGGAGUCGAAAAUUACGGACCCACAUGAUUUCGUUGAAUUUGGAUGCGGAAAGCCGGUAAAUUAUCCUGGAUUAGAAGUGAAAAUCGUAGACGAGAAUGGUGAAAUUGUUCCCGUCAACCAUAGAGGAGAAAUAUAUGUUCGAUCGGAAAUUAUGUUUCAAGAAUAUUUUAAUGAUCCUGAAAAAACAAAAGCGGUUAAAACCCCAGACGGAUGGUAUAAAACAGACGAUAUCGGCCGAAUGACGGAACACGGUCAAUUCUUUGUAGAGGGUCGGAAAUCAAACAUGAUUAUUUCAGGUGGUUUUAAUGUGACUCCUGAAAUCCUUGAAAACGUCAUGAAAACAUUUCGUGGUAUCGAUUUAGUAGUCAUAGUACCAGUUCCAGACGAUGUAUACUAUCAGGUUUUGUGCGCAUGCGUGAUAAGGAAACCAGGAUUUACAGUAACCGAAACAGAUGUCCAAACUUAUUGCCGUGAAUAUCAUGCCGAUAAACCGGGACUUUUCACCGUUCUUCCGAAAUAUUACAUGUUCUUUGAGAAGUUUCCUGAAACAAGAAGUGGCAAAACACAUCGAAAAGAGUUAGAGAGACUAGCAUUAGAGCGUUUCGGAUCUUCUGAUGACAAGUGUCCAAAUUGAAAAAAAAAACUAAAUGCAAUUGUUGAACAGAGGAACGAUUACCAUGGUGUUGCAUAAGUGUUAAGAAUAAAACUAAUUGAGAUCUGUAGUUAAUGAGGAACUGUUUUGUUUAUACACAGUGAGGAAAUGCAUUUUGUGUUUUGUAUAAUAAAGAAUUAUUCCAGAUA